AUCUUUCCUUGAAUACCAGGAACACCGAAUCAUGUUUGUUCACCCGGCAGAAAAUCAGACAAUGAUUUCUUCGACGUAAAGAUCGGUUGAAAAAUCAAGCUACGUGUCUCGUGGCGAAGAAAUCGAGUAAAGGAUACCCGCUGAACGAGGAUCACGCUCGUGGAAAAUCCAUGAGAGAAAGACUUUCGAACGUGUUCGCGUUAGCAUCGAGUAUAAAUCGCACGAAUUAUCUGUCCCCCGAGCGAUCUGAUUUUCCUCUUUAUCUGUCUGCGACGAAUGAACAGAUUCUGGGAACCAUGCACGAAUUGGCGAUACAUUGGAGAGCGAAGUGGAAAAUAAAAAAUCUAGAAGAGAUAUCGAUCGAAGAGGACGAAAUGGAGACUGAGCCAGUGAUGGUCCCAUCUGAUCCGUCGGAGUGGAAUUCGAACCAUAUAGCAUCAUGGAUCUCAUGGUGUAGUCGUGCGUUUUCUAUGAAAUCACCCCCAGACCCCGGAAAAUUUCCUUCGACGGGAAAGGAGUUGCUGAAAUUGUCGUCUGACUUUUGGCAAGGAAUUCCUGGCGGUAAAAUUUUCGCGAAACACCUCGGGUACCUUCAGUUUCAAUCAACCGGUAUACAAACGCCAGAUUUAUUGCAAGAGGAAAAAAUCGAUGAAAGGUUCAGCCUCCUACAACGGUCUUGCUCGUUGAUUGGAUCAACAGCUGGAGCCAGCGGUUCCGGGGCGGUCGGAGGCGGACAAGUUCAACUCUGGCAAUUCCUGCUGGAGCUACUCUCGGAUUCGUCGAAUUCAUCCUGUAUCGCGUGGGAAGGUUCCAACGGGGAGUUUAAACUUACCGAUCCGGAUGAGGUUGCUCGGAGAUGGGGCGAACGGAAGAGCAAACCGAACAUGAACUACGACAAACUGUCGCGGGCACUCAGGUACUAUUACGACAAGAAUAUAAUGACGAAAGUGCACGGGAAACGCUAUGCUUACAAAUUCGAUUUUCAUGGACUGAUGAUGGCUUGCCAGGCACAAGCUGGCGUCACGCUGGAAACGUCCUCGUCAUCCCGAAGUACAGGAGCAAAUUGUCACCCUCAUCAUUCGCAUCAUACUCAUCAUUUAUAUCCAACAGGAGCAUCGAAUUCGCAACAUUCUUCGGUAUCAGCACAUCCACCGCCGCCUCCGCCACCUCCGCCUCAUUACUGUUGGCCUUAUCAUAGAUAUUCUCCACCAACAUAA